GAUCACUCAUUUAUUGCACAGACUAUUUCUUGAGCAUGUACUACAUAUUCCAGGCUCUGCUUUGAAGUCGGAAAAGGACCUGCUCUCUGAGAACUGACAUUCUAAUGAAUGGAGACAACCAGUAAAAAGCACAUUGCUGUUUCAGCUCUUGCCCCUCACUGCAAUACAAGAGAAGGAAAUGAAGGAGCCACUCCUGCAAUUUACCAGAUAAGCCCAGCAAGGUCAAUAGAGUUCCCAGGAGAAAGCUGCAGGCGUCUGAGGAUAAGCCACUUGGAGCAGCUUUGACCUGAAAGCCAACCUAGAAGACGGAUUCCAUUUACAAGAUGUUUGGACACCCUCAAUAUUUACCUUCUCUUUCCUAGUCCAACCUGAUUCGUGAAAUGGACUGAAGCUGAAAAUUCACCUACUUCUUUGUCUGAAUUUGAGACACAAUUGGGAUGACCUUAAGUGCACGCGACUAGACUCCAACCGCAGCUAUGAGUUCAGAUGAGAAGGGCAUAUCUCCGGCUCAUAAAACAUCUACUCCUACCCAUAGAAGUGCCUCCUCUUCAACGUCCUCCCAAAGAGAGAGUAGACAGAGUUCCCACGUACUGGAGAGGACUGCUUCCUCCGGCACCGAGCCCUCCAUAAGUCGGCAAUUACUGGAACCGGAGCCAGUCCCCAUCUCCAAGGAAGCUGACAGCUGGGAAAUUAUAGAAGGGCUGAAAAUAGGCCAAACCAAUGUCCAGAGACCAGACAAACAUGAAGGCUUUAUGCUGAAGAAAAGAAAAUGGCCUUUAAAAGGCUGGCACAAGCGUUUUUUUGUCCUGGAUAAUGGAAUGUUAAAGUAUUCAAAGGCACCACUUGAUAUUCAGAAAGGGAAGGUCCACGGAAGCAUCGAUGUCGGACUCUCGGUCAUGUCUAUUAAAAAGAAAGCCCGGAGGAUAGACCUGGACACAGAAGAGCACAUCUAUCAUUUGAAGGUGAAAUCCCAGGACUGGUUUGAUGCGUGGGUCUCCAAACUGCGCCACCAUCGCCUGUACCGGCAGAAUGAGAUUGUGAGGUCGCCACGAGAUGCGAGUUUUCACAUAUUUCCUUCAACCUCCACAGCUGAAUCCUCACCAGCUGCUAACGUUUCCGUCGUAGAUGGAAAGAUGCAACCAAACAGCUGUUCAUGGCAGUCCCCCUUGCCAUGCAGUAACAGCCUCCCUGUCACCUGCACCACCGGCCAGAGCAAAGUGGCAGCCUGGUUACAGGACUCGGAAGAAAUGGACAGGUGUGCAGAAGACCUUGCACACUGCCAGUCAAACCUUGUGGAACUUAGCAAACUCCUGCAAAAUUUGGAAAUACUUCAGAGAACUCAGUCAGCACCCAACUUUACUGACAUGCAGGCUAACUGUGUAGAUAUUUCAAAGAAAGACAAGCGGGUCACAAGAAGAUGGAGAACAAAAAGUGUCAGCAAAGAUACAAAAAUACAACUGCAGGAAGGGCCAUCUGUGAAGAGCCAGUUCGGCUCAACCCGGCGCCGGCAGAGGCUAGCAGCCGCCGUGGCUACAACAGUUCCUUUCAGUGCCACCAUGUCACCGGUUCGCUUGCACUCCUCCAACCCCAACCUUUGUGCAGACAUUGAAUUUCAGACUCCCCCUAGCCACCUCACUGACCCUCUGGAAAGUUCAACAGAUUAUACAAAACUUCAAGAAGAAUUCUGUCUAAUUGCACAGAAAGGUAACACCAACUCUAACGUGCCCUUUCAAGAAGUACUCUUCUUUGACGAGAGGUUGCCAUUUACUCCUUUAUCCUUGUCUAGGUGGUCAUGGAGAAAGAUGAAAUGGUUUAUAUACUGGUUGGAGUUCCAUAUACAGAAUGCAGUAGGAUACGACGCCUACAUCUUGGGACAACACAAACUCAGUGUUUAUAUAAAAUAUUGUUCACUUCCUGGUGCCUUGGAUCAGAGUGAAGGAGCAAGCAAAUCCUGGGCACUCAACCAGAAUGCUGAACUAAGGAGUCGGUUGAGCAGAAUACACUCAGAAUCUAUUAUUUGUGAUCAGGUUGUCAGUGUAAAUAUUAUUCCUAGCCCUGAUGAGCCUGGCGAGCAAAUCCAUGUCAGUCUCCCUCUGUCACAGCAAGUAGCAAAUGAGAGCCGCCUCUCCAUGUCAGAAUCUGUCUCUGAGUUCUUUGAUGCCCAGGAAGUGCUCCUCUCUGCAAGCUCAUCAGAGAAUGAGGCUUCAGAUGAUGAGUCUUACAUCAGUGAUGUGAGUGAUAAUAUAUCGGAAGACAACACCAGUGUUGCGGACAACAUUUCUCGGCAAAUCUUGAAUGGGGAGCUAACAGGAGGGGCCUUCCGGAACGGACGCCGAACGUGCCUGCCAGCUCCCUGUCCUGACACCAGUAACAUUAACCUGUGGAACAUCUUGAGGAACAACAUUGGUAAAGACCUAUCUAAAGUGUCUAUGCCCGUGGAGCUAAACGAGCCGCUCAACACCCUGCAGCAUCUCUGCGAGGAGAUGGAGUACAGCGAGCUUCUGGACAAGGCUUCGGAAACCGACGACCCCUAUGAGCGCAUGGUUCUUAUUGCUGCAUUUGCAGUUUCAGGAUAUUGCUCUACCUAUUUCAGAGCAGGAAGUAAGCCAUUCAACCCUGUCCUUGGGGAGACUUAUGAAUGCAUUAGAGAGGACAAGGGAUUCCGCUUUUUCUCAGAACAGGUUAGCCAUCAUCCACCCAUUUCUGCCUGUCACUGUGAAUCCAAGAAUUUUGUGUUUUGGCAAGAUAUCAGGUGGAAGAACAAGUUCUGGGGGAAGUCGAUGGAAAUCCUGCCUGUGGGAACGCUGAAUGUCAUGCUUCCAAAGUAUGGAGAUUGCUAUGUGUGGAAUAAAGUCACCACGUGCAUACACAACAUUCUCAGUGGAAGGAGGUGGAUAGAGCAUUAUGGAGAAGUGACCAUCAGAAAUACCAAAAGCAGUGUUUGCAUUUGCAAACUCACAUUUGUCAAGGUGAAUUACUGGAAUUCUAAUGUGAAUGAAGUCCAGGGGGUUGUGAUGGACCAGGAGGGGAAGGUGGUGCACCGGCUGUUUGGGAAAUGGCACGAGGGGCUCUACUGCGGCGUGGCCCCGUCUGCAAAGUGCGUCUGGAGACCAGGUUCCUUGCCAACCAACUAUGAGCUCUACUAUGGCUUCACCAGGUUUGCUAUUGAGCUCAAUGAGUUAGAUCCUGUCCUGAAAGACCUCCUCCCACCGACAGAUGCCCGAUUCCGGCCAGAUCAGAGAUUUUUGGAAGAAGGAAAUCUGGAAGCUGCAGCAGCCGAGAAGCAAAGGGUGGAGGAACUGCAGAGAUCGCGACGGCGCUACAUGGAAGAAAACAACCUUGAACAUAUACCAAAAUUCUUUAAGAAAGUGAUUGAUGCCAAUCAAAGAGAAGCCUGGGUUUCUAACGACACCUACUGGGAGCUGCGGAAGGACCCUGGGUUUAGCAAAGUGGACAGCCCUGUUCUCUGGUAACCUGGGCGUGUAGAGCUAGCCAACAUAUCCCGCUCUGAAUGAAUUACUAACUAUGCACAAUUAUGUUUCUUAGAGCUCCGCGUGGUUUCUGGGCCGACCGAACGCCGGCCAUUUGCUUUUCUAUUCAUCUUUAUAACGGACUCUCAGAAGUGCAUUAGACAAGGCCCCUAACCACGUUUGGAUCCUUUCUGUUUUGCUGCAACCAUAUUCCUUAAAAAAUAAAAUGGAAAAAAAAAAUCCACACCCUCCUCGGAAAGAAGAAUUAAAGGAGCAGAAUGUAAAAACCCAAAGUCUGAUGAGUUUAUAAAGACAAACACACUGUGACCGGUGCUUAACGCCGAUCCGGAGAGUUUAAAGCCGCGUGACAUAAACCACGCGUUUGGAAGCGCCCUCCCCUCAUCAGAGGAGCUCCGGGGCUCAGCCUGGAGUGUGUCGUCCGAUGUGGUGUACCCGUGCUGGCCUUGUCCAUGAAGACGUGAUGCUUCUCAGAACCUGUCCCAUCUGUACGCCAUUGUUCAUGCCUUAAGAAAUGCAAAGAUGUACAAUAAAUCAUUUUUUUUAACGUGUGCUCAUAGGUUUAUGUGGAGGACAGACCUUUUGAAUCAUGGCAUGAUUCACUUUCUGGGACCAGAACAAUUAUGAGUGUAACUUCAGUGGAUGAAAAAAAGUAAACAACAUGUGCUUUACUCUGAUGUGUCGGUCACUGUAUCGUAUGUCUGCAGGGCAAGAAGGAAAUGGUGUGCCAGGGCGAUUUCUGUCGUCACAUGGCUUGUCAAGCUCCUGUCCUGCGUCCAGAUAAUAAACCAUCCCCCUUGUACCUAA